GGCCAGGCUGAAGAAGAACUGCAACAAGAGAUUCGACCAAUCCCAAACCUGGACUGUGAUAUUGAGGAAAAGAUGUGGUUGUCAGCUUUUGAAAAGCGAUUUAUUGGAAAGGAGACAAAACAAGUGAAAAAAGUAUAUCUUUUCCAAAUAAGAGUAUUUUGCUACCAAUCACCAAUCACAUCCCUAAAAUGCCUACUCAAAUUUAAAGAACACUGCAAUGAAUGGCAGCAACUUGAAAAUCAGACAGACUGCCAUAUGAAUAAUAAGGAAAUAUUGAGAGAGAAUAGGAGAAAGAAUGAUAUUUCACUGUUUCAACCAACAAGACACACUUUUGAUCUGUGUCUACCUACCUCGUGACAAAUCCUAGAUCUCACAUCCUCUCUUGUACUGCAUAGCUGCGUUUUCCUCUCCCUGAUCGCACCAGCUUAUACCACUCAUAACUAAUUGUUCUCAUCGUAGGAGCUCUUACACAUGUGAGCGAUGACAUUUUGGAGUUUGAAGAGAGCUACACAGUAAAAAUAGCACUAUCGCGACACAGAGGAAAUGUCACGCAAAAUCAAUUGGAGAAGAAUAGGAACAUCAAU